AUGUUCGCUCUCCGUUUCUUCAGCAUCGCCAUUCUAGCCAUUUCCUCUUUUGCGGCUCCCUCUACCCCGCCUGGCCAAGUUGUCACACCAAAAGGUCUCCGUGACGCAUCCACCGUCCAUGAAAUACCUUCAGGAGGAAAAGUUAAGCAUGUCGGCAACUCGACGGUCCACAUCAUCAGCAACACGGGGUCGGUCCUCAAAGUGGUCAAGCUCAAACCCGAGCUCGAGGCAGCAGUUCCAACCCCUACUUCCGAUGCCCCAAUUCCAUUGCAGACCGGUUGGGUAGCAUAUGCCCACUACUUCAACAACGAUGUCCCAAUCGGCUCGUUCAAGACUACCUGGACUGUUCCGCCCACGCCGGCUGCAAACCAUGGCCAAACUCUGUUCCUUUUCAACAGCAUUGAACCAGGCAGCUUUGACGGAAUCAUGCAACCCGUUUUACAGUGGGGACCUAGCGCAGCUGGAGGUGGCGCACAAUGGAUGCUUGCUUCCUGGUAUCUUUACCCUGGAGGGACAUUCUUCACACCCCUCGUUGGCGUUUCUGUUGGCCAGACGCUUCAAGGUGAAGUCCAGCUUGUUGGCGCAUCUGGCGGAACCUUCAACUACCUCUCCUCCUUCACCAAUGUCGGGGGCACAGCACUCGAGGUCGAUGGUGGUGAGGAGUUGAAAUGGGCUACACUUACCCUUGAGGCGUACGGCGUUACCACUCGUAACGACUACCCGGCAGGCUCGACCGUCUUCUCCGCGACCAACCUCGAGCUGACGAAUGGUGGGUUCCCUAACAUCAACUGGGCCACUGUGAGCGACACCGCGGAUGGUAUUAUCACGACGGUGAACACCGAGGGCUCGACAGCGGCCGUUGUCACGAUUACUUACUGA